UAGCCUAAGCGGUAGGGCUCUCGCUCUAUCUCUAAGUACUGAUCUUCCAAAUCAAUCUAUGCAAAUUGGUUUCUCCAAAUCGGCCUCUCUACAAGCAUUCGGAUCCAAUUGGAAGAUUAUAGGUGGUCUUUUGUUGUGGGUUUGGAACAGAAGCCAUAGUGGAAGCAGCAGGCAUGUUAAACUUCUUGGAUUAAAGACGAUAUCCCAUGCUCUUCUACACGAUUCAUUGCUGCGAAUACUGCAACUAAUCUCAUCAGCACCACCGCAACACCACCAUUAACGGAAAGCUCAUCAACAAUCCAUUUUCUUUCGGAAAUUUUGUUUGUGGUUGAUGGAUGCUCUUCAAUUCCAUCAACAUCAUCAUCGACUGCAAAUAUCCCAGAUGUCCAUUACACCAAUUUCUUUUUCAUGUAAUCUCAGUGCCGCCACCGCAACGCUUUGCUUACACUCCAUUGUCUCCAAGUAUUUCUCUACUUCUAUCCCAAAAUUAUGUACUAGUAGAAGUGGGAAAAUCGAGGCAAUAAGUAGGGUUUCUGCUGAUGAGCUCAAAGAGCAAUGGUUGAAUUCUCUCACUUGCCAUCCUCUCAUUACAGAAACGGGAAACCAAAUAUUUCAACAUGAAGAGGGUUGUGGAAAUGGUGGGAUUCUUUCAAGAAAUGUCGAUUCACAGUUUGUUAUCGGGAUUGACCCUGAUGUUUCCGGUGCGUUGGCUGUCUUGAAACUUGAUGAUUCGGCCCGUUCUGCUCAGGGAAGAUCCCUCUCUCAAAGCUGUGAAGCUCAGAAACAAAGUUGGAGAUCAAUAUGUAUACCCACACCUGAACACUCCAAGGUAUAUGAUUCUCCUAAUGUGAAAGUGCUGGUAGGCAACCGUGUACGGCGUCGUUUGGACACAAAGGCUAUGGUUCAGUUGCUUCGAAGUCUUAAUCUUCCAAUUGGAACAACUGCAUACAUUGAACAAUCACUUCCAUUUCCAGCAGAUGGGAAACAGGGAUGGUGGAGUGGAGGAUUUAAUUAUGGGCUAUGGAUCGGGGUCCUAGUUGCAUCUGAAGUUUCUGUUGUCCCAGUUCCAUCUAUGCGAUGGAAACAGGAGUUCAAACUAUGUGGGAAUGGCUCGACAAAGGAUGAUAGCAGAGCACUUGCAUGCACCCUAUUUCCAACGUUAACUUCAUCGCUGAGAAGGAAAAAGGACCAUGGUCGGGCUGAGGCUUUGCUCAUUGCUGCAUAUGGAAAAGGCAUAAAAUUGAACUCAAAGUCGUUAAUCCCCAUUGACACCGAUACUACUACAUAGUAGUCGCCUGCUACUCAUGCUCCAAAUCUUACAUGCCUUGCUGCAACUUGAAUAUGCAUAGUGAAGCCGAUUAAGUGAUGCAUCUGUUAGGAAUCUAAUUAAUUAAGCCGACCUAUACUAAUGUAAAUGUGGCAUCGAUGCAUAUCGAGUUUGGACAUGUUUGUGAUGUAUGUAAUUCACGUUUGUUGUAGCAUGUAGUUUUAGUUGAAAAGUAGGCCUUUUGAAUAUUGGAAGCAACAUUUUUAUCGAAAUGGUGUAAUUUAAAUUGAUUCGUUUU